AUGGUGUCUCUAAAUCUUUCCUUCGCCUUAGUAUUUAUCUUGGCAAUCUUAUUCACAUUUUCUGAAGCCAACAACAGCAGAAAACUCCUGCAAACUCCCACUAACUACCAGCCAGCAUAUUCUCCUCCUCCAUCUCCUACUCCGGUUUAUUCUCCCCCAGUUAAUCCUCCUCCUCCUACUCCGGUUACUUAUCCUCCUCCUACUCCGGCUUAUACCCCUCCUGUUGCUCUUCCUCCUCCGACUCCAAUAAAUUCUCCUCCUCCUCCCGCUCCGAUAAUUCCACCUUUGAAAGCUAAUCCUUCUCCUCAAGCUUACAGAGCCUUUUACUACAGAAAGUCUCCUCCUCCUCCCUCCGGCAAACCUUGGUGGUGGUUGUUAUGAGGCGGUAAAAAUUGGCUCAGGAAAGGACACUUGCCAAUGUCCUAAAACAUUAAGAGUGCACUACUGUUGUCUUAUAACAUGGUUUUGAUGUUUCUAGUC